AAGAGCCAAUGACACAGGCUCUAUCAUGUGAUCAGCUAUGUCCAAUCACAGCUGAUCACUGAUCAUCAGGGCACUGACUGACAAUCAGUGUAGCCCCAUCAGUGCCAUCUGUCAGUAUCCAUCAAUGCCACUUGUCAGUGCCCAUCAAUGCCACCUGUCAGUGCCCAUCAGUGCACAUCAAUGCCACAUUGCAGUUCCUACCAGUGCACAUCAAUGCCACAUAUCAAUGCCCAUCUGAGCUGCCUUUCAGUGCCAACUAUCAGUGCCAGUCAGUGCCACCUAGCAGUGCCAGUCAGUGCCACCUAUGAGUGCUGCCAAUCAGUGCCACCUAUCAGUGCCCAUAAU